AUGGAUAAAAAAACGAUGGAGAUUAAUAAUGUGGGAAAUAAUAACAAGAGUUUAAUUCACUUGGCAAUAUCAUUUAGAAAGUUGUGCAUUGCUACAGCAUGUUUACCAUUGGUUACAUUAUUGAUUUGUUUUGUUACUGCUUAUAUAUUUCAACAAGAUGAUAUUCAUGAGACACAUUGUCGGGUGUACAAUGUUCUACCGUCAAUAUCAGCAAUAACUGGUGUAUCACCACAAAGAUAUUUAUGGCGUGUAACAAUAGCAUUACACAUUGGACCACGGCUGGUGAUAGCAACUGUCUACCACUCGUAUUACCGUAAGAUUUUAACAGACCUUGAAGAUUUGCCAAAAAAAUUAAUCGGAUGCAGACUAUUAAAUCUCUGCUUUUGGUUGAACAUCAUUGAAAUAGCUGCAUUGUGCGGCAGUUUAAUUCACUUGGCAAUAUCAUUUAGAAAGUUGUGCAUUGCUACAGCAUGUUUACCAUUGGUUACAUUAUUGAUUUGUUUUGUUACUGCUUAUAUAUUUCAACAAGAUGAUAUUCAUGAGACACAUUGUCGGGUGUACAAUGUUCUACCGUCAAUAUCAGCAAUAACUGGUGUAUCACCACAAAGAUAUUUAUGGCGUGUAACAAUAGCAUUACACAUUGGACCACGGCUGGUGAUAGCAACUGUCUACCACUCGUAUUACCGUAAGAUUUUAACAGACCUUGAAGAUUUGCCAAAAAAAUUAAUCGGAUGCAGACUAUUAAAUCUCUGCUUUUGGUUGAACAUCAUUGAAAUAGCUGCAUUGUGCGGCAUGCUCAUGAAAAAAUCUUUAUAAUGUUCAUGGUCAGUUCACUGACGUACAUGUUGGCAGCAGUCAAACUGGGUCGUUUACUAACACCUAACGCACAAAGUCUUCAUUAUAAACAAAUUUUAUUUACUACCAGUAUUGUCAGUACAAUUGGCCUUAUAAUAUUUUUUUUGAAACACCGUUUACUUUGCCAUGAUUUAGCAUUUAGUUGGUUUUCACUGUGUGAAUAUAUUAUUGCAUCGGCGAAUAUGGGUUUCCAUGUGACUGUAAUAAUGGAUUUUCCAAAAGAACAAUUAAUAGUAGGAUAUGGAUUACCCGCCACUAAGGUUGAUUAA